CCUUCUCCUCGCCAGUGAAGGAGAGACACAGGGGAACGAACAGCAGGGACGGGGAAGUGAAACAGUUUGGAGACAGAAACUAAAAGAGAAAAAACAAGAAACGUAAAGUUUUUUCAUCACUCUGGACUGUCAAAACCUACAAGAACAGACACGAUAAAGGGUGAAAUACAGAGAAACAGGGAUGAUUGUGGCUGAUCUGCUUGAUUAAUGCAACACGUAGAUUCUCUUUGACAGCUAUUAAAAGCGCAGGUAAGUUCGUACAGCGAGAGAUUGACCGAGAGAGAGAGAAGAGGGUAACCGCUGACGCCAGACAAACAGAAGGCCUGAGUGUGUGUGUGACUGUGUGUGAGUGAAACAACAUCACAGUAUACACACAUCAGCAACACUGCCACUCGGACACACAUUCAUUCACCUGAAAAGACAGACUCCAAUCCUGAUUGGAUGCUUAUUUCAGAAUGACAGCAGAAGACUCCGCCUCUGCCGUUGCCAUGAGUAACCCUAGCCCUCCCCCCUCUUCUAAAGCCUCCUCUGGGCAUCCACAGCAUCACUGCUCUGUCCCAGAAGGAGUGGCCGGGGCCCCAAAUGAAGCUGCACUUGUGGCCUUGAUGGAAGGGUCAGGCUACGGAAUGGUGCAAGAAAACGGACAGCGCAAAUACGGCCCACCACCUGGCUGGCAAGGUCCCUCGCCCCCACGUGGCUGUGAAAUCUUUGUAGGUAAAAUCCCACGUGACGUUUACGAAGACGAGCUGGUGCCAGUAUUUGAGACUGUUGGAAGGAUCUACGAGAUGCGCCUUAUGAUGGACUUUGAUGGGAAGAACCGUGGUUACGCAUUCGUCAUGUACACGCAGAAGCAUGAGGCCAAGCGAGCGGUUCGUGAUCUCAAUAACUUCGAAAUUCGUCCAGGAAGGUUGCUAGGUGUGUGCUGUAGUGUAGAUAACUGCCGCCUCUUCAUUGGCGGAAUCCCAAAAACCAAGAAACGUGAGGAGAUCCUGGAGGAAGUUUCCAAGGUGACAGAGGGGGUGCUGGAUGUGAUCGUGUACGCGAGUGCUGCGGAUAAGAUGAAGAAUCGUGGCUUUGCCUUUGUAGAGUAUGAGUCUCACCGUGCUGCUGCUAUGGCCAGAAGAAAGCUCAUGCCAGGACGAAUUCAGCUGUGGGGUCACCAGAUUGCAGUUGACUGGGCAGAACCUGAGAUUGACGUUGACGAGGACGUCAUGGAAACAGUGAAAAUUCUGUAUGUGCGGAACCUGAUGAUAGAGACCAGUGAGGAGACUCUACGCCAAACCUUUGGCCAGUACAACCCUGGCUGUGUGGAACGUGUCAAAAAAAUCCGAGACUACGCCUUUGUUCACUUCGCCAGUCGAGAAGAUGCUGUGGUUGCAAUGGACAACCUGAACGGCACAGAGAUUGAAGGUUCCCGUAUCGAAGUGACCCUGGCCAAGCCUGUGGAUAAGGAGCAGUACACUCGCUAUCAGAAAGCAUCGAAGGGAACAGCGCCUGCGACAACUCCCGACAACACCCAACAAAGUUUUGUGUAUCAGUGUGAUCCAUAUACACUCGCCUAUUACGGCUAUCCAUACAGCACACUCAUUGGACCCAACCGAGACUACUUCAUCAAAGCAGGUACUGUAAGAGGUCGUGGUCGUGCUGGGGCCGGUAAUAGGGGCCCAGGGCCCCGCGGCUCAUACCUUGGUGGCUAUUCAGCUGGCCGAGGCAUAUACAGCCGCUACCAUGAAGGAAAACCCAAAUUGAUGGACAAACCUUACGAGAUCAUGCCCAAUCUAGAGCUGACAGCUGUGAACCAAGUGGGCAUGAAGCCUGGCACAAUGGGUCUUCCAGCACUUGGUGCCCAGUACCCUACUGUGUUUUCUGCUGCUCCAGCAAAUAAGUUAAUGGAGGAAGGAAAGAUGCACGCAGUGGAGCACCUGAUAAACCCUUUGGCCCUCCAGCAUGACCCCACAGCUGCCUCGGCCAGUGCAGCGGUCAUGCCUGCAGUCUCCACACCACCCCCUUUCCAGGGGCGACCUAUAACUCCCAUCUAUGCUAUGGCUCAUAAUGUCCAGAGGAUCCCGGCUACAGCUGCCAGUCUGUAUGGGGCUGGGUACAUGCCUUUCGCCACCCACGCCAACACCGCCACGCUGGCAGCGCUGCAGAAGAACGCUGCGAUGGCUGCCGCAACCUAUGGAGGGUACGCUGGGUACAUGCCUCAGGCCUUCCCUGCCACUGCCACCUUCCAGAUGCCCAUCCAUGAUAUAUACCAGACCUACUGAGAUACCCGCAGCAUCAAUCACAACGACUUACAAUU